UAAACAUCUGCCACCACCGCUGAGAGGGAGAGAGUUAAGAAGAGGAAGAAGUGCCAGAAAGAUUCGAUUGGCGCUGUCCGCAGAGUUUUCCUUUCGUUUUCCUUACACGACCAGACGACGCUUAAAUUACAACUCCGGCCAUAAUGGCAGCGACACUGCGAAGAUUCCACGGCUUGCGACUGCUAAAAUCCGCACCAGCACUCAACCUCCAGCAGGCCAAGAACCUCUCCUCGGCCGGCAGUUGGGUAAAUGGCAACAAGAAGCUGAUCGGAGCUAUGGGAGCGAUCACCGGCGGUGUUGGAGCCCUUCUCUUCGCCCUGGAGCAGUCGGUCCAGGCCUCCGGCAGUGAGGUUCACGCCCCCGCCCAGCCCUGGAGCCACAAGGGCCUGUUUUCCUCGCUGGACCAUCAGGGUAUCCGUCGUGGCUACGAGGUCUACAAGCAGGUGUGCUCCGCCUGCCACUCGAUGCAAUACAUUGCCUACCGCAAUCUGGUUGGUGUCAGCCACACCGAAGCCGAGGCCAAGGCUGAAGCCGAGCAGAUCACGGUCAAGGACGGCCCUGACGAUUCUGGUAACUACUACGACCGCCCCGGCAAGUUGUCGGACUACUUCCCGUCGCCUUAUCCCAAUGAGGAGGCGGCCCGUGCUGCCAACAACGGCGCCUAUCCGCCGGAUCUGAGCUACAUUGUGUCGGCGCGCAAGGGUGGCGAGGAUUAUAUCUUCUCGCUGCUUACGGGCUAUCAUGAUGCCCCCGCCGGUGUGGUGCUACGUGAGGGUCAAUACUUCAACCCGUACUUCCCAGGAGGUGCCAUUUCCAUGGCCCAGGUGUUGUACAAUGAGGUCAUUGAGUACGAGGAUGGAACUCCGCCGACGCAGAGCCAGCUGGCCAAGGAUGUGGCCACUUUCUUGAAGUGGACCUCCGAGCCGGAGCACGAUGAUCGCAAGCAGCUGCUGAUUAAGGUUAUCGGCAUCCUCGGCUUCCUGACCGUCAUCUCGUAUUACAUUAAGCGACACAAGUGGUCAGCGCUCAAGUCGCGAAAGAUCGUGUUCGUGCCCAAGGAGAAGUAGAGUGUUUGAAUUUGAUUUUGAUGGUGUGAAGAAUUGCAGUGUUAUCGCGGCUUUACCGACUAAUAAAGAUAAAUCAAUUUUAAGCAAAACCAAA